AUGCAGGCCUACCACUACCCGGGCGGCAUUGUCGGUGGGCAUGACAUCUCAAAUCGAGUUUUUGAGUCAGCACUCGGUGAGGCGACUUACUGCCCACAUGCAGAACAACCACACAGUCAUCCAGCUAGCCUCAUAGUACCGCCUGGAGUGUCCGGCUUCAGUGAGACGGUUCAAAUGAAGCCUGUCUACAAUUGGACAGCCGUAGGCCACCCGCCUACUCAGCUGACAGGACUGCAGCCGCGGCAGAUGCAACUUCCGGCAGAGUCGACCGACAACCCGAAAACUCCACAAACAGCCUUCACGGGUCUUCCGCCCCGAGGGAGGCCUGAAAACAUCUUGCCUGGCAGCAGUUCGCUGGUCAUCUCUAACCAACAGGCCCGUGAGUCCGAGCCCCUGCUGUCGCGGUGUGGACAGAUUUCGGAAGACCAGCAGGCUGGCGUCUGUUCCGCCAACAGACUGACCUGCCCGGGCCAGAAUCUGGUGGCCGGGUCGGUUUCUGAGGCUGGGCCAACUCAACAACUUACGCCUAUUCACGACAAGUUGCUGCAACAGGCUAGCAAGCCACAAUUGUUAGAAAGUCGGUCGGUACAGACGUCGGGCCUGGCAAUUGGGCGGGUAGAGCGGAUGCCGGCAAUCGGGAUGCAUGACGCGCAGACAGGGACUCAAAAUUCGAGGAACAUGGAGGAAUUUCUGGGUUUGAGUGAGUGUAUAAGCCUGACUCAUCCAAGAAGGCAUAAAGUGAUUUAA